AUGUAUUCACAACUAUUCUUCUCAUUGUCAUUGAUCUGUACUAUUGCACAAGCUCUCUCACCAGCAGAAUGGCGAGCUCAGUCUAUCUACCAAGUCAUGACUGACAGGUUUGCUCGCACUGAUGGCUCUACCACGGCAUCUUGUGAUCUUAGUGAUUAUUGUGGGGGCACGUGGGAAGGUCUCAUCAAACACUUAGACUAUAUACAAGACAUGGGCUUCACGGCUGUGUGGAUCUCACCAGUGGUAAAGAACCUCAAUGCUUCCACGGCAGACGGGUCGAGCUACCAUGGAUACUGGGCCCAAGACAUGUACGCUGUCAAUACCAAUUUUGGCUCUGCUGCAGACCUGGUCAAACUAUCAAGUGCUUUACAUAAUAGAGGAAUGUACUUGAUGGUUGAUGUUGUGACAAAUCACAUGGGAUAUGCAGGUUGUGGUGACUGUGUAGACUAUUCAGUCUUCGAUCCCUUCGACAAAGAGUCCUACUAUCAUCCUUUCUGCUUGAUUGACUACAAUAAUCAAACCAGCAUGGAGCUUUGCUGGGAGGGCGAUAACACUGUGUCGUUGCCUGACCUUCGCGUAGAGGACUCGAACGUCCAAGACAUGUUUGCAACAUGGAUCAAACAAUUGGUCAAGAACUAUACAAUCGACGGCCUACGCAUCGACAGCGCCGCAGAAGUUAGCAAAGCCUCUCUAGCAAAUUUCGAAUCAGCAGCAAACAUUUACGCCGUCGGAGAAGUCUUCAACAACAACGCCGAAUACGUCUGCGCAUACCAAGACUCCCUGUCCGGCGUGAUGAACUACCCCAUGUACUACAACAUAACCUCUGCCUUUGCAUCUACCUCCGGUGAUAUCGGAGCCUUGGAACAAGGCGUCAACACCAUGAAAUCCACCUGCAAAGAUGUAACUCUCCUAGGUUCUUUUCUCGAAAACCACGAUAACCCACGCUUUCCCUCUUUGACUUCUGACAUGUCGUUGGCGAAAAACGCGAUCGGGUUUGCAAUGUUGGCAGAUGGUAUUCCCAUUGUUUAUCAAGGCCAAGAACAGCAUUUCGAUGGUGGUGAUACACCGCAACAAAGAGAACAACUCUGGAAAUCUGGAUAUGAUACUGGUGCCACACUGUACAAACACAUCACCAGAUUAAACGCUAUUCGCAAAGUGGCCAUCAAGAAUGACGAUGGGUAUCUAACAUACAAUGCUUAUCCAGUAUGGACAGAUGACCAUACCAUUGUGAUGAGAAAGGGAAACAACGAUACUCAAGUCAUUGGGGUGUUCAAUAAUCUUGGAGCCGAGGGGAAUGCGAACUUUACGCUUCUGGCAACGAGUUCAGGGUUUGAUGCUGGUAUGGAUGUUACGAAUGUGUUGACUUGCGAUAAGUUUACCACUGAUGGCAAAGGUGAUUUGAAUGUCAAGAUUAAGGAAGGAAAACCUUUGGUUUUGUAUUCGACUAAGCAGCUUGAUGGAAGUGGCAUUUGUUGA